UCAAGGGCUCUAUAUUGCAAGUCCUGAAAUUAUUAGCCACUAGUAUGCUCGUUCAUUCAUUAUCAUCACACUGUAGAGUCAAAUCAUCCAAUGCAUUAUGUGGUCAGAGUUAAACAUGUUUUGAUAAAAUGAAAUUAAACCCUCAGAAUAUUAUUCCUUUUUCAUGUCCCAAAACCAAUAAUUUUCUUCUUCCUUUAACUCAAUGCGCACACAAAAAGAAUAUGCAAUAUCUUCUAUCAUCUGGUUCCCCUUCAUUUCUUCAGACUUAUACACACCAUACUCACACUUAUCCUCUCUACGGAGUACGCAAACGAGGUCUGCUUAAGCCUCGUGGUGCUGUCAAUCAGCAGAGCCAAACCAGCGUUAGAACUUCAUGGCCUCGUGUGUCGCUUUCACUUUUCGGCGCCGGCUUCUUAUUUGGUCCACUUCUCGAUGGACUCCAUUCGAGAGUCGAACUCGUGGUGUAUAAGUCUGGUUCCAUUGACAUUGGUCCACUCCAUACAAACAUUUGGGUUCCUCCCUUGCUGGGAUUGUUUUACUGCUCGGUUGGUUUGCUUCAACUCUACCUAGAUGAGAGGCUCAUAAACAAGGUUCAAGAGGGAAGUUUAGCAAAAUCAAUUACUUCCCUGAUAUUAUUGGCGCUGUUCAUUGAAUUGAGUGCCGAACUAUACAAAGCCGGAAUAGCAGACAACAUUGAAGCCUACGCAUUAUUUGCUGCAGCAGAAUUCAUGUGGUUUUUGUUGAAUAGAACAUGGCCAGGCUUCACCCUCGCAUGCAUUGUUGGGUUUGCUUGUCCAUUAGCUGAGAUACCCUUAAUGAAGUUCCUUCAUCUUUGGUACUAUCCACAAGCCAAUGUUGAAAUCUUUGGCCAGGGGCUAGUUACUUGGACCCUCACUUGCUACUUUGUGUACACACUGUUCAUAAUUAAUUUGUCACAGUGGUUCAGAACAGUAUAUACUGCUCAAACAGAGGAGUCUGAUGCUUAAAACAUUAUGUAACUUUGCUGUUUAUAAUGGAUAGCAACAAAAUUGCAGAUAUUAAUACACAUUAUUCAAAGGCUC